GGCAGCCAGUGGGAGAGCUAGAGAGUCGGGGAGAGAGACACGGGGGAAAGGCAAAAAGCAUCUGAGAAGGGAGAAGGAACGGGAGUGUGAGACAGCUAUGAAAUUCAUCCAAGCUAUUUGCUUACUGCUUCUCUGUCCAGCUUUAAGCCUCAACACCAGACAAAGCUACGAUGGGCUGGAAAAGAAGCUAAAGGAAGUCUUCACUGAAAGGAGCAGCAUCCUGCACCAGCUCUCCAAGACAUCAAAGGAGCUGGACAGCAUAAAAGGCAACCUUCAGUCGCUGAAAAAUGAUGACUCAGUGGCUAAGAAGGAUGUGCAGAGGAUUCUGGAGCUCAGCCACAAACAGAGAGAGGAGAUGAAGUCCCUUCAGGCAGCCUUGCAGAAGCAGCUGGAUGAGGCAAAUGAGAGAGCAGAGAAGCAGCAGGCCACGAUCAAAUUUCUAAAAGUGGAGAUGGAGAAGAAAACCAAAAUCAUCAAGGAUUUACAGCAAGAGAACAAGAGCCUGAAAACUAAACUGCUCUCUGGACACAAACUUUGUGACGCCUAUGCUGAAGAGUCCAAAAAAAUCCAGGCUCAACUGAAAGAACUGCGGUACGGGAAAAAGGAUUUAAUUUUUAAGGGGCAGCAGCUAAUGGACCUGGAGCACAAGCUAACUGUGGCCAAGGAGGAACUGGAGAAGACUGCACUGGAUAAGGAGUCUCAGCUGAAGGCGCUGAAGGACACAGUUCACAUCUGCUUCUCAGCUGUCCUGCACAACCAGCCCAGCGGCAGCCACAGAUUUCCCACCUCCCCCACCCACUUGUUCAGAUAUUCAUCACUCAUCAACAGCUCCAGAGUCACCUUUCAGCAGCCACAUGCCAAGGAUAUCUCUAAAGUUCAGAGAAUUGUCACAGCCAGUAAAUCACCCGUGAAUAUCGGCGUAAUGAGGAGAGAGAGUGGCGGCGUUAAAGACUGCCAGAUGGAAAAGACCGGGGGUGACUGCUUCCAGAAUCAGACGGAGGAAUCAGCCCCAGAAAGUAAAAAGCUACCGGAGCCACAGCAGCAAAGGAGCCAAGCGCAGACCGGAAAAUCCACCACAAAGCUCUCAGACGACAACGAGGAGGCAGAAGGAGGCAGCAGCAAAAAGACAAAGCCACAUAAAUACAACUGAGCGGACGGCAUAUCAUCCAGAAUGCAGAGCUCCUGCAUUGCCUGAAGGAUCUUUCUAAUAGCACACACUUGCGCACUCUCACAUAAAACACAUGUGCGCCCACACACACACACACACACACACACACAAAUGCUCACACACACUUUUAAACACACACACACACACAGCUACACAUACGCAUAUCAGCAUUGUUUGCGAAGCUGAGACACUGGAAUUGUCAACAAAUUCCAAACUGUCAUCUGCAAACCUCCAUAGUAAAAUGGCAUGCAUUCUAGAAAUUCUUUUUAAAAAGGUAGCAAUGGCACUGGUAACUUGUUUCAUGAUUGUUCAUUUGUUGUUUACUUAUCUGAGUUUUAUUCUGAGUGAGGACUCUGCUUUCUAAAUGUGUGAUCUUUCUAGAAAAUUCCCUUUGCACUGGUGAGGUCUGACACUGUAUCCUGUGAUAAGUA